AUGACCCCUCGAUAUGGCUUUGAGCCGUCCGACUCGACGCAGCACAAGCACAUGAAUCUGCCCUACUAUCAAACCUUGGGCAAGCCCCAGGGUUUUGGGGCCUUGCCUGAUGCGCCGGUCCCGAAUCCUUACUACCAUCUUCAAGGACAACAACCAUUACCACCUCUGGAUCCUCUCAGCCUGGACGAUGCCUACCCCAUACCGACCUCGCUGCAUAGGUUGCAAACUCAACAGCUCUCCCACUUCUCCACCGGUCCAUCCCUCCACCAAUUCCCGCCAACACCUCACGAUUCCGCACACCUGACCUCGCCAAACAGCGCAUUCCUCCCUACCCCUGCAUCCGCAUUUCAACAGCAACCUCCAGCACUCUCCAACCAUCGCCCUAGCAUCUCAACCUCCAUUGCGCCCAUAGCGGCUGCUACUACCUCCCCCGCCAAAAGCUCACCCACAGCACCAUCUAAAUCCGCCGCUGCGAAUUCGCCGUCCAACAGUAAUGCCGCUGGCCCACCGAAGAAAAAAUAUCCCUGUCCUCACGCCACAGCUUUCAACUGUAGCGACACUUUCACCACUUCCGGCCACGCCGCGCGUCAUGGUAAGAAGCACACUGGUGAAAAGAAUGUUCAAUGCCCGACGUGCGGUAAGGCCUUCACGAGGAAGGACAACAUGAAGCAACAUGAGCGCACCCACAAAGGCGCCAACGCCCAUUCUACCGCCCCUACCACCACCCAAAGUAGCCAUUCGAGAGUACCCUCGGGAAGCGCAUCCCCUGCCUCCGUCGUCAAGACGCCAGUCAGCGCAUCGCGCUCACGACGAACCAGCGAUGUAUUGAGAGCCCAGAGCAGCACGCCAGGCGCGAGUGUGGCCUCACCCACCGAUGAUGCGAUGGACCUUGAUGUCACCACUUCGUCGGGCGCGGGGCGCCAAUCUAUGAUGGCGCCAAUGGUGCCGCAGAUGGGCGGCGGCGGCGGCGGCGGCUCUAAGAAUGAGCGGCCUAGGAUGCCGAGAAGUGAGCUCAGCGAAAUCCUCGAGAACGUGCAGAAUUCCGGGGUCGCCGAUGGCGUAGGAGAAGCGGAUGCAGAGGGAGAGAGUCCAGGACUCGACGCGCUGGCGCUUGCUGCCGGGCAAGCAUGA